ACGCCAACCACGCACUCCUGUACCAUCUCUCUCUGAUUUUCCCGCAAAAUUGAAACUUAUAAGUUUUUUAUGGGAACUUUUGUCUCGUGUGAUCUUCGGAUAAUUGAGGAACAACGUGGAUACGUGAAACCAAGUUUUUGUGAUAAAAUAGUGUGAUAUUUCGGGCGGGAAAUAAGUGGACGAUCUUGUGGAGCGUGGGUCUGCGCGCGGCCCCCAACGCGUCCAACUUUGUCCCGCUUUUAUCGAUCUACCAAACUUAUUUUAUUAGAGGAAAAACAUUUUUCCUUUGGAUAAACGUGUCAAGUGAUUGUGCGAAUAAGUUUUGGUUGGAAAAAAUAAUAAUUUCACGGAAAAAUAUAAGAAUAAACGCUAAGCGUCAAACGUUGGAGGACGCCGGUGCGCCCACGGAAAAUCGUCAAGUUCCACAUGACUUUGCCAGCUUCAUUACAGUGGUUGUACCUAAGCAUUUGUCGGAAUUAUUGACUCUUCAGAACUGACAUACUUUUGAGAAUAUUAAUUAUCACUUUUCGUGAAUUUCCCUCAUUUUUUGGGAGGUUAUGUCGUGUAUACAGAGGGCGUGACAGUACCGGGAAUUUUUAGAGCCAGAGCUCAGGGGUUGGUCCGAGGGUUUCGCGCGCGCUUCGUCUCCCGCGCUUCGACUCACUGUCUCCCGCAAUUUUUCGCGCAAAAACCUAUUCAACCUUAUUACAAAACUAUUUAACGAAAGCGAGAAAAGUAUUCUGUUCUUCGCGUUUCAUUGGAUUUAUUGUGGAAGUGUUAAUAAACAAUUUUUCUCUUCUCGAAAAAGAGGCUUUUUCCAACACGGCUGAAAUUUUUGGUCGUAGUUCGGUGUGUGCGGUGUAUGCCUGCAUUAUGGCGAUCGUGUGACCGUAAGGAUCGGAACGUGAAUUCUCCAUUAAUUUUUUCUCCGGUUAAUACACCGUUUAUUUGAGCCAUUUUUCCAUGAAAAUUUGGCUAAAUCUUCGCACUCAACAAAACUCAAGUCAUACAACAUUCAACGAAUAAAUUGAAAUCACGGAGAUUCUUACAAAAAACACGUCAUCAAAAUCCGCAUCAAGAUGCCACAAACUAGUUUACAAGAGAAACAGCAGGGUUCACAGUCGUAUUUACAAUGCGGCAAGUCUUUGACUCAAACCCACAAACGUAAAAGGAGAGCUACAGAAUUAUCGGAGGAUGCAGAAAAUAUAUAUCCUCCGAAGAAAGUGGCAGCACUGGGGAACAAUUCUUAUAACGAGAAUUGUCACAGCUCGGAAGGAUCCAAGACACCUCAACAGCAAAGUCUGCCUCUAAAAGAGCAACAAGAAGCAGCGACCUGGUCAGAAUUGAGAACGGCCACUUGUUUUUUGACUCCUUCAGCCUCGAAUGGGACUUCCCACAGACCGAGCCCUUUACCAUCUUUCCCAUGGGCGGAUGGUGGUCAAGUCUGGUCCAUAAUGUGUAUGGGUGAUCAAAAAACACUGACUCAAAGAGAUCCUGAAAUGUUUCAACGUCAUCCCACUCUACAACCACGCAUGCGUGCCAUCCUUCUCGAUUGGCUUAUUGAAGUGUGCGAAGUUUACAAACUACACAGAGAAACUUAUUACCUUGCAAUGGAUUACAUCGACAGAUAUCUUUCCACCCAUCAAAACGUUCCAAAGAAUCAACUUCAACUCAUUGGAAUUACCUGCCUUUUCAUUGCUGCCAAGGUCGAAGAGAUAUACCCACCAAAAAUUGCGGAAUUUGCAUACGUGACGGACGGUGCGUGUACGGAGGAGGAAAUACUAGGAAAAGAAUUGGCAGUGUUGAAGGGUCUCGGGUGGAAUUUGUCGCCGGUGACAGCGCCGGGAUGGUUGAACGUAUACAUGCAAGUGGAAUCGGGCGACUGGUCGAAGCCGAAUGCAUUUAUAUAUCCACAGUACGGAGGUUUGCAGUACUCUCAAGCGGCACAAUUAUUAGAUUUAGCGACAUUGGACGAGGGUAGUUUGAAGUUUCCUUAUAGUCAUAUAGCAGCGGGUGCGAUUUAUCAUACCCAAGGACGCGAAUGUGCGUUGCGAGUAUCGAGGCUAACGUGGGAGCAAUUGGGGCCCUGUGCCCGUUGGUUGAGCUCGUUCGCAGCAACAGUUUCCGAAGAAAGUUCGCAGUUGUUGUUGCUUCGUUCGUCCGUACCACCGGUGGAAACCCAUUCCGGCUCUGGCUUGAGAGCAUCAGUUCCAAACAUCGUUAUGGACGAGUCCCAUCGCAUACAGACCCACGUAGUAGAUUUAGCCAUGUUGGAAAAAGCCCAACAACGAAUGACUGUCGAAUUAUUACAAUUGGAUUGUAUCGACACUAAUUUAGAUUCGGUCGGCAGUCCUGAUCAGAGUGGUAUUCUUACGCCACCCUCUAGUAGUCAAAAAAAUUCACCAACUCCUUCACCACAAAUGCCACAAUUACACCCUUACACGUAAUUAUUAUUCCUCCCUCGGGGUCGUCUUUUUCGAUCUCAAAUUUCGAUAUUUUUUCAAAUCUUUAACUACUCGAUUUCUCUUUGGAGCUUCAACAUAAUUUAUAUCACAAGAAACAAACGAAGCUACAGAAGCAACUAAACAAAUAGCCAAUGCAAUAGGAAACUGAAAGAAAUUCAAAUUCUACUAAAAUUCCCUAGGACGUGGCGUUUAUUCGAUUCUCGCUUUUUAUCACAAUUAUCGAACUAUUCGAAUUCGCCAAAUUAAAAAAAAAAAACAUAUAUACCUAUAUGUAUUUAUAGUUGGGGAUGAUUAGCGACGAAAUAAUAUUGAAAAAUAAUUCAAGUAAAAAAUUGAUCGGUAAAAGUACUAGCUGAGUUAACGAUCUUUCUUGGUACCUUUAUGAAAACCGAAAGAAUUCAAUCCAUGGAAAACACAGAGACACGAACAUUGUCUGUUUUUAUUUUUUGUUGAAUUUCAAGAUUUUGAUCAAUUUUAUUAAUCGUUCGGAGUCGGAAGGAGAAGGAAACAAAAAUCGGUUUCCAUGUUUGAAUUCACAAAAGCAUGACGUAAUUUCUUAUACGUCUCACGAAGACGCGAGAGUCUCGGACUGCCAAUAUUUCUUUAAGCGGAGUUUUGUAAAAACUGACAAAAUGAAUUUUUCGCAAAAUCUCGGCGCAGUUGCGAAGUCAGCAAUCUUGACCAAUUUUUUUUUCGUUCAUACAAUUGGGUUUUUCGAACUCGCCAGCGAAUGUGUACAUAGUAGUUGUCGAAACAAUACAAUCGAGGAAUUUUCAGAGAUAAUUACAGAAGAGAACCAAGUUGUGUAUUUUCAAUUUGAUUAUAUAUUUUUUCGUUUUUUGUUUUUUUUUUUGUUAGAAAACACAUUUGGUUUCUCGAAAAGACGAAAUAUAAUGGUCAAUUUACCAGUGUGCCUUCGCUCUGGAAAGGUAUGUGAUGAGGAAAUUAAAAAUUGGAAAAUCAUUUAGGAAUAAAAAUUGAACGGUGAAAAUGUUUAUAUACGUUCGUACUAAAUUUUAGUGCCUUAAAAACCGCAAGUGCUCUUACCUCGUUUUAAGGUGUUGAGGAGGUGAAAUGAAGAGAAAAUUCAGCAACGUUGUAAAUAGUUAUUAUUUCCUUCAUUUUAUACCCUCUUAUGUGUAACGCGUUUCAUAAAAGUACAUUCGCACGUAUGAAUGUGAUUGAAAGUUUUUCUUUUCUUUCGUAAGAGUGCAUGCGCGAGAGAAUGUGUGUAUAUAUUUUAUGAUACGAGAAUUUACGUUUAAGUAUGUAAAGAGAGGGAGAGAGAGAGAAAGAGAAAGAUUAAGGUAGAGGAGAAAUUUAUGGGCUCUUGUGGUGUGCGAUUUUUGUAUAAACUUGCAUGCUCCGACUAUUGAGUUUAUACCCAUUUGUAAGCAGAGAUUGACAAUAAACGCAAAUAUAAACGGA